AAUCCAACAGCCUUGAAACCCACACGAGUCUUUAUCCCUCGUGAUUCGUGUAAAAGAAAUAAAUAUAAUUGCAUUAUCUCAAUUACAUACCUUAAAUACCAAAUUUACAUUAAUCGUACAAUAUUUUUGCCUUCUCCUUAUUGCACGUUUUCGUAUUCAAAACCCACUAUUUAACAACGACGCACAAAAUCCCCACUGUUUUUCCCUCUCUUAUUACUUCAUUCCCAAACCCAAUGAACAAACAAAUCCCAUACCAUACCAUUCCAAAUCCUUUUUUCUUUGCUUUUCUCUUUGAUUUUUAGAUUUCAUUCCAUUUCCUAAAUCAUGGCCUUCUUUUUCUUCUUCUUCCUCCUCGUCUGUCUCUCUUUGAAACAGAGUCUCUGUUUUUCUGCAACUCCGACCUCCAUGGUUUUGCCUCUCAACACUCAGAUGGGUUUGAUUUCUCAGCCUUCCAACAAGCUUAGUUUUCACCAUAAUGUCACUUUGACUGUUUCUUUAACCGUUGGUUCACCUCCUCAACAAGUCACCAUGGUUCUUGAUACAGGCAGUGAACUCUCAUGGCUUCACUGCAAGAAAUCCCCAAAUUUGACCUCUGUUUUUAACCCACUUUCUUCUUCUUCUUACUCACCAAUACCCUGUUCUUCCCCCAUUUGCCGUACCCGGACCCGAGAUUUACCCAACCCGGUUACCUGCGACCCGAAAAAGCUCUGCCACGCCAUUGUCUCUUACGCCGAUGCGUCCUCACUCGAGGGAAAUCUCGCAUCAGACAAUUUUCGAAUCGGAUCAUCGGCUCUACCCGGAACUUUAUUCGGGUGUAUGGAUUCGGGUUUCAGUUCCAAUUCGGAGGAGGACGCGAAAACCACUGGAUUGAUGGGCAUGAACAGAGGAUCACUGUCGUUUGUUACCCAAUUGGGUUUACCCAAAUUCUCUUAUUGCAUAUCCGGUCGUGAUUCUUCUGGGGUUCUUCUCUUCGGCGACUUACAUCUUUCAUGGCUUGGGAAUUUAACCUACACACCUUUAGUUCAAAUCUCAACCCCAUUACCGUAUUUCGACCGAGUCGCCUACACAGUCCAACUCGACGGAAUCAGGGUAGGAAACAAAAUCCUGCCACUCCCGAAAUCAAUAUUCGCACCGGAUCACACCGGCGCCGGGCAAACGAUGGUAGAUUCAGGGACCCAGUUCACGUUUCUUCUGGGACCAGUGUACACAGCUUUAAGAAACGAGUUUCUAGAGCAAACAAAAGGGGUUUUGGCUCCACUGGGUGAUCCAAACUUUGUUUUCCAAGGAGCGAUGGACUUGUGCUAUAGUGUAGCAGCGGGAGGGAAACUACCAACGUUGCCAUCAGUGAGUUUGAUGUUCCGUGGGGCGGAGAUGGUGGUGGGUGGAGAGGUUUUGCUGUACAGAGUACCGGAAAUGAUGAAAGGAAACGAAUGGGUUUAUUGCUUAACAUUUGGGAAUUCGGAUUUGUUAGGAAUAGAAGCUUUUGUGAUAGGUCAUCAUCAUCAACAAAACGUGUGGAUGGAAUUUGACUUGGUAAAAUCAAGGGUUGGAUUUGUAGAGACGAGGUGUGACUUAGCAAGUCAAAGAUUAGGAGUGGGCCUUUGAAAAUUAGGCCCAAUUAAGAAAACAAAAAGACUGUCCAAUCCAUGGCCCACCUUAAGGGAGGGGGUGGCCCAUUGAUCGGACAGGGAAAGGCCUUUUUUAUUGCUCUGUGAGAUUCUCUGAACAACAUUGUGGACAUGUCAGACUUUUUUUCUUUUCUUAUAAAUAUUUUUUAAUAUAUAUAUUUUUUAUUGGGUUUGGUGUUGGGUCAGUGAGUUAGUACAAUUUUGAAUUGUAUAGAAUAAUAUAUAUAUAUAUAUAUAUAAUUUAGUGGCUAUUUUUUAUUAAUAUUAAAAGAAAAGACAAGUUAUGUUCUGACUUUUUUUGUAAAGAUAAAGUUGCUAAUUUUGCCAGCUCA